AAGCCCCUUGCUAAAGUAAAAUUGAAAUUUUAAUGGAGGCAGAGCUGAGAGAAGCAGCAUGCAUUGGAAAUCUUCACGCUGUGCAGAAGCUGCUGAGAAGUGGAGUGAGCAUCAAUUCCCAGAACAGUAUGAACGGCUGGACAGCUCUACACUGGGCAUGCAAGAGAGGACAUGCGCCUGUUGUGAUGCAUCUUCUGCAGAGUGGUGCGGAUGUAGCAAUAGAAACUCACAAAGGGGAACAUCCAUUGCAAUUGGCAACAUCUUCCGAAGUUCGUGAAGUAUUCACGUCUCGAUUGUCGACCGAGGCCAUUGAAGAAUGUACCCUAGAAAAUACCAACCCCCUACCUAUUGUUCCGAACUAUUUAAAGAAUCCUGUAUUUCCGUAUUACGAUGUUGAAGUGGAAGACGACCAUAUAACUGGUGGUACUAUUGUACCAGUUAAAAUGAAUGGGAAUUUAGAGAAAGGUGUGCCUAAACUAGCUGUAAACGAUUCAAGAAAACCGGGAGUGACAUUUAAAAUUCGUGUUGCAGAAAAGGAGACCGAUUUUGUAGAAGUGGAGCUCUCAUCUCUGACUUAUCUGUCUCUGUUGGCGGCCAUUUGUGAGGAGUUUGAGUUGACCUCAUCUGAUGUGGCAAAGAUUCGUAAACUACCCAACGUACUGGUCCGCAAAGACAAGGAUGUACAAAGACUGAAAGAAGGUCAAGAACUUGAGAUUAUUCUGAACUCAUAACCUACAGUUGAACUUUUUGUCACAUUUGAAUCAUAAUCUAUUUUGUAUUUACAUAAUAAUAAUAAUUAUGACAUAAUUAUUAUUAUUAUUACGCAAUAAUUAUGAUGUACAAAAUUAAUAGAAAACAAUAUAUUAUUUGGGUAACAGAA